AUUACAGUUUAAACCGCCAUCUCCAUCUGAUCUCAACUAUACCUAUACUUGAAAAAUAAAUACUAAUAAUAGUCACUCGACAGGCUGGAUUGUACACAUUAAUUCUGUAUUUCCCCUUUAUCCUUACUAAUUUGUCAAUAAUAUUUCAGAUCUAGUACGAGUAAGAGGUGUAAGAAAAAUGGGGAGGAUGGAUUAUUUGGCUAUGAAGACUGAUGAAGAUACUAACAGAUUGAUUAAUGAAGAUCUUAAUGAGCUCAAAUUAGCUGCUAAGAAGCUACUUGAUCAUGCCACUAAACUUGGUGGUCUUGGAUUUGGUACUUCUUUACUCAAAUGGUUUGCCUCAUUUGCUGCCAUUUAUUUGCUGAUACUGGACCGGACAAACUGGAAAACAAAUAUGCUGACUGGACUUCUAGUCCCAUAUAUUUUCUUCAGUUUCCCUUCAGUGUUAUUCCACUUCUUCAGAGGAGAGGUUGGGAAAUGGAUUGCUUUCGUUGCAGUCGUACUCAGGCUUUUCUUCCCACGACAUUUUCCAGACUGGUUGGAGAUGCCUGGUUCACUAAUCCUACUCCUAGUGGUUGCACCCAACCUCUUUGCCCACACUUUCAGAGACAGUUGGGUUGGCACUGUGAUAUGUCUUUUGAUUGGCUGUUAUCUCCUCCAAGAGCACAUCAGAGCCUCUGGUGGAUUCAGAAAUUCCUUGACACAAAGCAAUGGUAUAUCUAACACAGUUGGUAUAAUCCUUCUGUUGGUCUACCCAAUCUGGGCUCUGGUACUACGAGCCGUUUGAUGAACUUUGGCUGCAAAAUGAUCUGUGUGUUUUUACUAUUAGAACGAUGAAUAAAAUGGUUUUAUGUUGGGCGUGGUUUAAACAUUUCUGGUUAAGUGAUUAUGUACUUUUGACAUAUAAAGUACUUAUGAUUGAUGUAAUUUGUAAAGUUAUCUUCACACGUUUAACGCUUGCAGACUAUGAACUUGGAAAGGUGACAAUUAUAACUUUUAUAUGGCCAAUCGAACACUAGAUUGGUCAUGUUGAGAUUAUAUUUCUUCCAAA